AUGGCAACUAAAGUUAUCUUAUCAGGAGCCACUGGUUUCAUUGCUCAACAUGUUGUCAAAGAAUUGCUUGACAAAGAUUACAAAGUUGUUGCAACAGUUCGAUCAUCUGGCAAAGGUGAUCAUUUGUUGAAAUUGUUCAACUCGCCAAACUUAUCGUAUGAGGUAGUAGAAGAUGUUGCACAGGCUGGAGCUUUCGACAAAGUUUUGCAAAACAACCAAGAUGCCACGAUAUUUAUCCAUACAGCAUCUCCAUUCCACUUCAAAACCGAUGAUGUUGCUAAGGACUUGCUCGAACCUGCAGUUGAGGGAACCAAAAACGCAUUGAAAGCGAUUGAGAAGUAUGGUAAAAACAUUCAAAAAGUUGUUAUUACUUCAUCCUACGCAGCUAUUGCCACAGCUAAGGAUUCAGUAGAUCCAAAAGCUGUAAUCAAUGAGAAGGACUGGAAUCAAAUUACUCGGGAAGAAGCAAUUGCCAAUCCGUUCCAUGGAUACAGAGCAUCAAAGACAUUUGCCGAGAAAGCAGCAUGGGAUUUUGUUAAGGAGCACGAGAGCAAGUUUAUUCUUUCAACGGUGAACCCUACUUUUGUGUUUGGCCCUCAAUUGUUUGACUCGGAGGUUAAAGAGAAUUUGAAUACUUCUUCUGAGGCUAUAAAUGUAAUUACCAAGUUACAGCCCGAAGAUGCAAUUCCGUCAUUUAAAGGAGGCUGGGUUGAUGUUCGUGACGUUGCCAAAGCUCAUUUGGUUGCUUUUGAAAACCCCAAAGCUGAACAUCAAAGGCUUUUGAUGAAUAGUGGAAAAUUCACUGAACAGUCCAUUGUUGAUCUUGUUCGAGAGAAAUUCCCUGAAUUGAAGAAUGUACCUAUUGGCAAUCCUGGCGCUGGAUUAAGAGCUAUUGAAGAAACCUUGGCUACUAUUGAUAACUCAAAGACAAAGGAGAUUUUAGGGUUUGAGUUGAUUGAUUUUGAAAAGUCUGUGGCCGAUUCGGUUCAACAGAUUAUUGAUGUGAGGAAAAGCAAAAGCCAGCUUUAA